AUGCGUUGGUCUUCCAGAUUCUUUCACACAGCCUCGAGGGUUUUCAAUGAGUAUCCAUCAUGGUCCAAGUCUAUUCUUGUUUGCACUGUCAUCAGUGGAGGAGGAGCAGUGGCAUUUUGCGAUGCAAAACCAGAAUAUGGCAAUGAACCUCCAAAGAAGAAGGUGGUGGUGCUUGGAACUGGUUGGGCUGGAACCAGUUUUCUGAAAAAUAUGAAGAGCAACUCCUAUGAUAUUCAUGUGGUUUCACCACGUAACUAUUUUGCAUUCACUCCAUUGCUACCAAGUGUAACCUGUGGCACAGUGGAAGCAAGGAGCGUCGUUGAACCCAUUCGCAGUAUCACUCGCACUAGCGGUGUAAAUAUUAAUUUUAGUGAAGCUGAAUGCUACAAGAUCGAUCAAAAGAACAACAAAGUUUUUUGUCGUGCUGUUAAAGAAAAAAAUUCUGGUGAACGAGAAGAAUUUUCCAUUGAUUAUGAUUACCUGGUAAUAGCUAUGGGAGGUCGUUCUAAUACCUUCAACACACCUGGUGUUGAAGAACACGCCCAUUUCCUUAAGGAAGUGGAUGAAGCUCUAAAAAUCCGUCGGAAAGUGGUUGAACUUUUUGAAAGGGCUAGCCUUCCUUCUUUACCGGUGGAAGAGAAGAAAAAGCUUCUGAGUUUUGUAGUUGUUGGUGGUGGUCCAACAGGGGUAGAAUUUUCUGCUGAACUUCAUGACUUUGUUCAUGAAGAUCUGGCUUAUUUAUAUCCUGAACUUGAACAGUAUGUGAAUAUUACUCUCUUGGAGGCAGGCGAUCAUAUUCUAAACAUGUUUGACCAGAGAAUUACUGAAUUUGCUGAACAUAAGUUUGCCAGAGAUGGCAUUAAUGUGAAGUUGGGAUCUAUGGUUGUGAAAGUUGGUGAAAACGAAAUCACUUCCAAAGAAAGGUCAACUGGUGAAAUUGUUACCAUGCCUCACGGAAUGGUAGUUUGGUCAACUGGUAUUGGUGCUCGCCCUGAAAUAGUUGAAUUUAUGAAACAGCUUGGCCAGAUUAACAGACGUGCAUUGGUCACUGAUGAAUGGCUAAGGGUGGAAGGAUCUGACAACAUCUAUGCUCUUGGUGAUUGUGCCACUAUAAAUCAACGUAUGGUUAUGGAAGAUAUAGCCGUGAUAUUUAGCAAGGCUGACAAGAACAAUUCUGGAAAAUUAGAUCUUAAAGAAUUUAAAGACGUUGUUGAUGACAUUAUUGAAAGGUACCCUCAAGUGGAAAUUUAUUUAAAGAAGAACCAAAUGAAAGACAUGGCCAGCUUGCUAAAGAAAUCUCAAGAAAGCGGCAUUACAGUGGACAUUGAAUACUUCAAAGAAGCCCUUUCCAAAGUAGACUCUCAGAUGAAAAAUCUUCCUGCCACAGCUCAGGUAGCUGCACAGCAAGGAGUGUAUCUUGCAGACUGUUUCAACCGCAUGGAGUUGUGUGAGAGGUAUCCUGAAGGCCCUCUCAGGUUCAGAGGAGUUGGUCGCCAUCGAUUCCGUCCCUUCAGGUACAAGCAUUUAGGACAAUUUGCUCCACUAGGAGGAGAACAAACUGCAGCUCAGCUUCCAGGAGAUUGGAUUUCAAUUGGUCAGAGCACCCAGUGGCUCUGGUAUUCAGUGUAUACAAGCAAACAAGUGAGCUGGAGAACAAGGUUUUUGGUGGUUGGUGACUGGGGAAGAAGAUUCAUGUUUGGUAGGGAUUCAAGUCAAAUCUAAGAUCUCAUUCAAUGCUAGAGGCACAGCAGAGCAAAUGAUCCCAACCUUACCACAGAGGACUAAAAAAUAUAGAAAAAACAGGAUUUUAAUUUCAUGUUUCCAUGUCCUUAUCUUAUUGUAUGCUAAUUUUGUUGAUAAACAACCUUAUUUUGACCACAUUGACUGCAGUAAAUCAAUUUGGACUUCUGAAAAGCCUAUUUGCUGCUACUUUGCCAGACAUACUGAAACUCUAUCCACAAAAUAAAAUAAGGAAUCUCUCAUUACAACUAUGCAUUAUUGAAUCAUCUCAUGAAAUGCAAUAGAUAUUCCUAGGUUGCUGUUCUUGUUAAGAAUCAAAUGUAUAUUUUAUCAAGAGAUGUCAAAGGAGAGUGUAUCCAAAAGUUGAAGUGUGAUUCUUAUUGAUAUGACAACUUUAGUUUAA